AAAAUGUACACAAUUAUGAAUUGCAAUAUUAAUAAAAUUAACAUUAAUAAUAAUAUAAAUAAUAUUAAUAAUAGCAAUAAUAGUAAUAAAAAUAUACAUAAUAUUAACAACAAUAACAAGUUGUCAAAUAAUAAUAUUAGUAAUAAUAGUAACAGUAGUAAUAAUAACAAUAGUAAUAAUAAUAAUAAUAAUAAUAAUAAUAAUAAUAAUAAUAAUAAUAAUAAUAAUAAUAGUAUUAAUAACAAUAGAAGUAAUAAUAAUAAAAUUAAUAAUAACAAAAAUACUAUAGAAAUAAAAAAAUUAUUAUUACAAAGUUAUUAUCAACAACAACAACGUUGUCAUAAUAAUAGUUUUAAUUAUCAUCAUCAUAAUUAUCAUCAUCAUCAUCAAACACCACGUUUACGUAAUGGUACAAGCUAUAAUGGUUUACGUACAACAUCGUUUUUUACAAUAUUAAUGUUGGUUUGUCUUGAAACUGUUUUAUUGUCGACAGUAUCAAAUUGUGCCAAGACAUUUUAUAUGCAUUGGAAUACGUCAAAUAGCAUUUUUCGGAUAGAUAACACUGAUCACAUUAUCGACGUAAAUAAAGGAAAUUCAGCAUUUGAAUUCGAUCAAGUUCAUAUAAUAUGUCCAGUUUAUGAACCAGGAACAUAUGAAAAUGAAACGGAAAAAUAUAUAAUUUAUAAUGUCUCAAAAGUUGAAUAUGAAACGUGCCGCAUAACCAAUGCAGAUCCACGUGUAAUUGCCAUAUGUGAUAAACCACAAAAAUUAAUGUUUUUUACGAUAACAUUUCGCCCGUUUACUCCACAGCCAGGUGGUUUAGAGUUCCUUCCAGGAAACGAUUAUUAUUUUAUUUCAACAUCUUCCAAAGAUGAUUUAUAUCGCCGAAUAGGUGGUCGAUGUUCCACCAAUAAUAUGAAGGUUGUAUUUAAAGUGUGCUGUGCACCUGAACAAAAAAAUACAACAUUAAUACAAGGUAACAGUAGUGCUGGCUCAACCGGUACAACUACAGAUCGUGAAAGAAAUAAUGGGCCAGGUGGUGGGAGUGGUGGUGGUAGUGGCGGAAGUAAUAGCAAUAUUGGCGGUGGAAACAGUCCCAUGUUAGAUAAUAAUGCAUCUCAACAGCAAAAUAAUAAUAUACAAACUGGUGUGCCAUCUAGUAAUACAAUAGUCGGUGGACAAGAUAAUAUUGGUAUUAAUGGUGAUGGUAGUGAUGGAAAUAAUAAUAAAUUAUUGAAUACAAAUAUAGAUCAAUAUAAUCGAAUAACACCAUUGAAUCCUGGUAGUGGAAUGGGUAACAAUUUCAAUCAACAAAGUGGUGUACGUGUAAAUACUCAACAAAAUCCGAAUACACGUGUUAAUGGUGUAUUCAUACCACCAAUGACAAAUAUCAAUACAAAUAGUAGCAAUGUUGUACAAUCAACAAUGAGUUGGCCAUCGCCACCGUGGAUUGGAAAUAAUGGUGUAUCUCAUGGUGCAACAAAUGGCAUUGGUGGUAAUUUAUAUCCUCAACAUAGUACACCAGUUACAACCAUUGGUAUACAAACGCAUUUUUAUCCACCUUAUAUAACAUCAUCUCGUCCUAAUAUCAAUAGCGCUGUUAAUAAUAAUAGUAAUUACUCACCGUCCCACAAACCAACUAAGAAAACAAACGAAUAUGAUAAACAUCCAAAUGAAGUUGUCAAAAAUGAAGAAUUAACUUAUAAUAGCGGAGCUACAUCAUUUAGAAGAAUAACAAAUAAUAAAUAUAAUAGAAAUAAAUUAUUUAAUUGUAAUUAUAUUAUAUGUAAUAGUAGAAACAGCACAAGAAGCAGUAAUGUUAAUAGUUAUAUUAAUAAUUUUUCAUCUUAUAUAAUAUCAACAUUUAACAAAAUUUCUGUUAUAUUAAGUAAUUUGAAUAAAUUAUCAAUUUUGUUUGUAAUAAUAAGUAACAGCAAUUUAUUGAGUGUAAUAAGUAAUUUAAAUCUCUCUUUAAAAUAUAAAGAAAAUGUUAGUAAUAAUAAAAAUAAUAAUGAAAAUGAAAAUAACGGAAAUAUUUGUAAUGGUAAUAAGAGUAAUGAUGAAAAUAAUAUAAAAAAUUACAAUCAUACAUCUAACAAUAAAAAUUACAAUAAAAAAAGUAAUAUUGAUAGUAUUAGUUCUAAUUAUAUUCAUUAUAAUGUUAAAAAUAAGGAGGAUAACAAUGAUAAUAAGAAAAUUUUUGAAAAUAAAAUUGAGAGGAUUAAUAAUAUUUUGAAAAAAAAUGGUAACGAUAACAUCAGUAUUGUUGAAAUAGGUAAAAAUAAUAGUGAAUACUAUAUUAAUAAUAAUACUAAUACUAAAAAUAAUAAUAAUAACACUAACACUAAUAAUAAUUACAAUAAUAUUAAUAAUAAUAAUACUAUUAAUGUUGGUAACAAUAAUGAAUAUAAUAAUAUGGAAAAUAUCAAUAAAUAUGAAAAAAAUAAUGAUAUCAACAAUGUAGAUAAUAAUGGCAAUGACAAUUACAAACAAGAUAAAAAGAAUAAUUAUAACAACAAUAAUUAUAACGAAGGUAAUGACAAAGGUAAUGAUAAAAACAUUGAUAAUAAUAGGGAAAAUGAUAAUGACAAUGAAAAAAAUAUUGAUAAUUAUGAUGAUAUUGACAAAAAUAUUGAUAAUAAAAAUAACGAUGAGAACGAAAAUGAUAUUAAUAUUGAUAAUGAUAAUCAUAAAAAUAAUGAUAAUAAUCAUAUUGAUAAUGGUAACGAUCAUAAUGAUAAUGAUAUUGAUAAUCUUAAUAUUAAUAAUAAUACUGAUGAUAUUAAAAAAAAUAAUGAAUUUAGUGAUAAUUAUUAUAAUGUAAGAAUAUUUCUUAAAUAUAUAUAUUUAUGUCCUAUUUUAUUUUUUAUUUGUUUAGUUUUAAUAUUAAAUAUAAGUAUGUUAACAAUUAAUUUAUUAUUUACAAAAUUAUUUCAAUCAAUUUUUUAUAGCUUUAAUUUAUAUUAUUAUUUUGUUUAUAUGGAUGGUAAUUAUAACGAUGAUGACCAUAAUGACGAUGAUAAAAUUUAUGAUGGUUUCGAUGUUAAUUCUAUUACACGAGAAUUCGAAAUAAUUGAGCGAGAAUCAGUUAUAACAGAUAAAAAGUUGUAUACAUAUACUGGUGUUGAAAUUUUUAAAAGAACAUUUAAAAUUUUUGUACAUUCUUAUCAGUGUGAACUGCAACAUCAAAAAAAUGUCUUUAAUUUAUAUUAUUUAAGUACACUGUUAAUAUUAUCAGGUGAUCAAUUACCAAAUAAAAAACCGUUAUUUUUAUCAUUACUGUCAUUUUUAAGAUUUUUUUUAUUAUUAUUUUCAACACUAUUUUGUCUUAUUUUAUUCACAUAUUGUUGUGUUUGGUAUGCAACUUUCAAUUUUAUUUACAUUCUGUUUGCGUAUGGUAAAAAGGUUUUCCGAUUGCGGUGAAUUUUAAUUUACUGUUACAAUAAUUUAUCUACUUUUAUUUCAGUCUCCCCCUAUUUCUAAAGUAUUUUUCAUCCUAAUCUAAAUAUUUUUAGAUUUCGCACACAACAUAACAUCAGUCACUUUUGUAUGGAUCAUUUGAAAAAUUCAAGUGUAUAAUCAAAAAAGAAACGAGAACUUAACGGUUUUAUGUAAUCUGUGUGAAAUUGCGAAAAAAAUAGAUUACGCGAAUUUUGCAAAAUUUUAAUGCGGUGAACCAUCAUGAUUUAAUUUUUAUUGUUUUUUCAAUAUAAAAUUAUGAGUGAAUUUUAAAGGUUACUUGUUUUAAAUUUAAAAAAUUUUUGUAUUCCAGUUUUGAACUUUUUUUUCUCUCUAUUUCUCUAUCACACUGCCUCUAUUUCUCUUUACAUUAUUGUACUUUUUUCAAAUCACAUAAUAUAAGCGAAAUAAUAAUAACAAAAUAAAAAGCGUUAAAUAUAAAAAAUAUGGAUAAAAAAAAUAAUUGAAAGAAAUUUCAUAUAUAAUUAAAAAAAAAAUUAAACUUAAGAUUCAAAUAUUUAGUUAAAAAAUAUGAAAAAAAUAGAACAAAAAUCGUGAAUUAUAUAGUAUUAUGUUGUAAAAAAAAUUAAUAAAAAAAAUAUAAAAUAAAAGAAAUUAUUGUAAUUGCAAAUAAACAAUAAUAUUAUUAAAUAAUCAGAAAAAAAAUAAAAUAACAAAAACAAAGAAAAAAAAUUAAAAAUUAUAAAUAAAAAUUCGCAAAAUAACAGAAACAAAAAAAAAAAAAACUAAUAUACAAGAAACACAAAAAUCCAUUAAAAAUUUACAAUUAAAAAAGAAAAAACUUUGUGUUAGGAAAAAGUGUAAAUAUAUAUAAGAAUAUACAGUUUAAUAUUUAAAUAUAUGCAUAAGUGUAUUACGAAAUAAUGUUUAUAUUGUGGAAAAGAUAUUUCAGCCUUAAAAUGUUUAUUUUGUAAUAUAUUGGAAAAACAAAAAUUCUGAGGAAAUUCAAACCAAAAGAAGAAAAAAACUUAACUAUGAAAUAACAUACAAUUAACAAAUAUUCACGAGCAUAAAAUGCAGUAACUUCAAAUUCACAGUAAAUAUACUAUAUUGAUGACAUAAUUCAGUGCAUUCACGAUUUAUACUAUGAAUUGUGUGUUAAUAAGACAAUAGCACAUCAAUUUUGAAAUCGAGAUAUAUACCCUUAUUAUGGUUGGCGAAGCGAAUGGCUAGGCGAGUCGAAUGGACUAGGCAAUUCGGAUGAUAUUUUAAAUUAUGAUCGGCAAAUUCUUUCAUUCGCCAGAUCCAAAAUGUUGCUACCGCAAGACAUCGGAAAACCUGCCAAAAACAAUAAGGUCAGCGCCACACAUAUGUACAUUGUUUUUGCUUUUUUGCAAGAACAGUUGAAUUUUUCUAUCCUUUGGCAAUUACGGGCUUGUCCAUUAAUUUAGUGAAAUGCUUGAAUUACUUUUGGUUCAUUUUUUUCACACUUAAAUUAAAUAUUAAACAAUCAAUAUUUUUUAAAAUAAUUUGUAGAAUUUUAUGAACUUACUUUACAGAUAGUUUAGAUUUUUCCAUUAUAUCACUAUAAAUGUUAUAAUAUCCAAUAAAAAAAAGCAUUUAUGUAUUAAUUUGAUCUACUUGUCACACAGAAUUUUCAUUCGACAGAUUUAACAGCUCAUUUGCCUAAAAUUUAGGCAAAUUCGC